AUGGCAGCUGUGCCACUUUUGCUGUUAUGGAAUAUCAGAUCUGCCAUUUUUGCACGCCGAAAAAAUGACAGAUUUGUGAAAGAUCGAUGUAUCGAAAUCCACAAUAUUUAUGAUAAUCAUCUCGCAGCAUCCCGUGGUCAUCAAAAGUCGGCGAAACGUUCAGCUCCCGAACCUAUUGAUGAUGCUAUAUCUACCAAGCAAACUUGGAUUCGUGGUUCAUGGAACCCUCCUCGUACAGCAAAAACCCCCACCGCCACCAGAACCAAGUAA